CCCCUCGGCCGCAGUCUCUCUCCGGGAGGCGGCAACCGCUCCUGUUCGGCGCUUCCCGGUUGGCCGGGCCGGCUGCCCCUCGUUUCUCUGGUGACCAUGGGGGACCCCAGCAAGCAGGACAUCCUGACCAUCUUCAAGCGCCUCCGCUCGGUGCCCACCAACAAGGUGUGUUUUGAUUGUGGUGCCAAGAAUCCUAGCUGGGCAAGUGUAACCUAUGGGGUGUUUCUUUGCAUCGACUGCUCAGGGUCACACCGGUCACUCGGCGUUCACUUGAGUUUUAUUCGAUCUACAGAGCUGGAUGCUAACUGGUCUUGGUUUCAGCUGCGAUGCAUGCAGGUUGGAGGAAAUGCUAACGCAUCUUCCUUUUUCCAUCAACACGGCUGUGCCACCAGCGACACCAAGGCCAAGUACAACAGCCGCGCUGCUCAGCUCUAUCGGGAGAGGAUCAAGUCGCUGGCCUCCCAGGCAACGCGGAAGCACGGCACUGACCUCUGGCUGGAUAGCUGUGUGGUUCCACCUUUGACCCCUCCACCGAAAGAGGAAGAUUUUUUUGCCUCUCAUGCUUCUCCUGAGGCGAGCGGCACAGGAUGGGCAUCAGCACAACCAGAAGCAUCUUCUUUGCCACCAAGGAAUGUGGAAACCACUCCAGCUAAUAAUGAAGGUGGACCAGAACAAGCACCGAGCGUGGAAGGUCUUAAUGCACCAACGAAGGGGGCUUCAGAGGUGUCCUCUAUCAUAAAAAAGAAACCAAAUCAAGCUAAAAGAGGACUUGGAGCCAAAAAAGGAAGUUUGGGGGCCCAGAAAGUGGCGAAUACAUGCUUUAACGAAAUUGAAAAACAAGCCCAAGCUGUAGAUAAGAUGAAGGAACAGGAAGACCUUCUGGCCGGGGUGGCACCUAAGGAAGAAUCAGUCGUUUCAUCACUGCGAUUAGCCUAUAAGGAUCUCGAAAUUCAAAUGAAAAAGGACGAGAAGGUGAACAUGAGUGGCAAAAAAAAGAUAGAAUCAGAGAGACUUGGCAUGGGAUUUGGAAACUGCAGAAGUGGUAUUUCACAUUCCGUGACUUCAGAUAUGCAGACCAUUGAACAGGAAACACCAAUCAUAGCAAAACCCAGAAAGAAGUACAGUGAUGACAAUGAUGAUUCCUAUUUUACUUCCAGCUCAAGGUACUUGGACGAGCCGAUGGAGUUCAGGAGCAGUUCUUUUUCCAGCUGGGAUGACAGUUCAGAUUCCUACUGGAAAAAAGAGACCAUCAAAGAUACUGACACCAUCCUGAAAACCACAGGCUAUUCAGACAGAUCUACUGCUCGCCGUAAGGCAGACUAUGAGCCAGUUGAAAAUACAGAUGAGGCCCAGAAGAAGUUUGGGAAUGUCAAAGCCAUUUCAUCAGAUAUGUACUUUGGAAGACAAGCCCAAGCUGAUUAUGAAACCAGGGCUCGGCUGGAGAGGCUCUCGGCAAGUUCCUCCAUUAGCUCAGCCGAUCUGUUUGAUGAGCAGAGGAAGCAGACAGCAGGAAGCUACAGCCUCACAAGCGUGCUGCCCACGGCGCCCGACAUGGCCCAGUUUAAGCAGGGAGUGAGAUCCGUUGCUGGAAAGCUCUCCGUCUUUGCUAAUGGAGUCAUGACUUCCAUUCAGGGAGAGAGAGAGAGACAGCGAGAGCAGGAACACAAGCAGGGGGAGUGGGAGAGGGAGAAGCAGGCUUCCCGCCGAGCAGGGAGCCCGAUGCGGGGCUCGAUCCCAGGACCCCGGGAUCAGGACCUGAGCCGAAGGCAGACGCUUAACGACUGAGCCACCCAGGCGUCACGAGUCAACAUCAUUUAUUAAAGGUGUGUGUUCCUGUCGCUAUUAUUAGUUUUUGAACUCUUACAUUUUCUUACUCUUAUCUCAACGCUUGUGUCUUCUUAAAAAUUUACUUAAAACUGAAGGUGCCCAGUGACAAGCAGGGGCUGGGCAGCUGGUACCACAGAGACCAGCCCCCUUCGCUGAGCCCGCUCUGUGUGGCUGGUACUGCCCGGGACCAUACAGCCGCCUCCUGGGUAACAGCUCACCCUGCCCGCUGCCCGCUGCAUCCCCAUUCUGCAGGGGAGAAGACUGAGGCUUAGGAGCCAGGGGACGUGCCCAAGGCACACAGCUUGUGCCCAGCAGCUCCAAGGUGGUCGUGAAGGAGAAUGGUGGUGAUGAGCCUGAGCACCUGGGGUGAGGUUCCAGUUCUCAGAGCACUGUGCAUCGAGAAAGGGGCUGGUGACCCAGGACACUGGCCCUGGCUGGCCCUGGCUAAGAGAAUGGGAGCUCAGAGCCCACGGCGGGGAGGCAGAGCCAGCAGAACAGGGCACAUACCCCCGGGGGUUGAAGCGGAGACAUUCCUGGGGUUUCCUGGAGGAGGCGUGGACAGGGCUUGUGGGAGGAGUCUUCCUGGGAUGUGAUCCCCAACACAUGGAAGGCACGUCGGAAAUGACAGGAGUCUGCCUCUUUGGUUUCUUCCUCUCACUUGGAAAAACCCCACCUCAGGCCAGGAAAGCCCAGCCAUGGGUCACAGAGACAUAAUUGGUAUUUAAUCCAUUCGGAGAGGGGCGGAGCAGCGAGGGAAUCUGCCGGAUCUGGAGCCAGAUGCCCAGAUAAUUUGGUUAGGGCCAAAGCCGUGCAGACAGAGAGCCCGACGGGUCCUGGGAGGGCCGAUGGAGGGAGGCUGUGGGCUGCAGAGCCACAAGCCCUCGUGGCUGGCGGGCUGGCCCCGUCCACCCCCAUGGUGCCUCCCUGGACAGGCCCCCAGGUAGCCAGCUCUGCACCCUGAGUCCGGGAGGGAAGGAUGAGCAUUCUUCCUAGUUUCUUCAUGAGGAGAUGGAGGCUCUGAGCAGCCCGUAGUCUCCUGGAGGAUGAAGAGCGGAGUGGUACUACGCUGCGGCAUGUCCAAGGCGGGGAAGACGAUGGGGUGGGUGGUGGGGAGUCCGCACUGGCCUCCAGCCCCUUGUCCUGUCCUCCUUCUCUGGCCUAGUGGGACCGGAGGGCCCUGGCAUUUCUGCCCGUCUUCUUUCCCACUGCCCCCCGAAGGAGACCCAGGGACAGAUUCAAGUCCAGGGAGUCGGCCUCUCAAAGCUGCCUGAGGGAGUAUAUGGGGGGCACCUGUCACCCCCCUCCCACGUAUGUCCAUGACUCAGGGGACAACUUCAAGUCCUCCCUUGGUUCCGGAAUGAUUGAUGCACCCUUGGCUGUGCUGUCCUUUGUCCUGCUUUUCUGAGGAACAAUGUUUUAAGUUGAUUAGGGGACAUUCCUAUCUCCUGAUUGUUUUGUUUUGUUUCGAAUAGAAGGUCAAAGCAGCUUGGACUGAGGCAGUCGGGGAGAGAGUCGGACACGCCCCAGGGGCCGCUUCAUCCUGCCCUUUGGUGGGAGCAAUAGCCCUGCUGAGGCCUCCCAUGGACACUGAUGGGGCCCCCAGACAGCAGGAAUGGGGCAGUUGGUGGGUGUGGCUGGCAGGCCCCCCACUCUCCACUCGCUCUGGCCUUGCCCUUUGUUUUGGGGGUUGGGGGGCUCUACUUCAUGGGAGGAAUUUCUUUUUUUAAAGAUUUUAUUUAUUUAUUUGAGAGAGAGAAUGAGAUAGAGAGAGAGAGCAUGAGGGGGGAGGGUCAGAGGGAGAAGCAGACUCCCCGCCGAGCAGGGAGCCCGAUGCGGGACUCGAUCCAGGGACUCCAGGAUCAUGACCCGAGCCGAAGGCAGUUGCUUAACCAACUGAGCCACCCAGGCGCCCCCACGGGAGGAAUUUCUUAAAGUAAAAUGUUGGCCAUUGGGGGGUUGGCCUCGCUCCUUCCUGCUGGGUCUGGGCCCAGCUGCACAAACCCAGAAGAGCCUGGCCCUCGGCUUUCUCACUAAGCCCUGGGGUCCUGGGGACCCUCACUGGCUGCAGCCUGGGUCUCUGUCCGUCAUCUGCAAAACAGAGACCGCUAUUCAGUCCCGCCUUCGAGGCUGCGGCAAGAGGCAAAGCGAGCUGGCUGUCAGGCUCCCUCCCCGUGUGUGCUCAUGGUUUCCCCUCCUGGAGACUCUCUGUUUGAUGAACAGAUGCCCAGAAGGCCUUGGAGCCAAGCCAGCCUCCUGUGGAUGCUCUGUGGCCAAGAGCCAUAGAUGAAUGGCAGGAACUCCGGCCGGGGGAGAGCAGAACUCACGAGAUCACAGUUCACAGGGAUGAUGCACUGGUUCUCUGGGCGCCAGGCUGAGGUCCCCGGCCGGCUGCAGGCUUUCCCCCGCCGGCCCAGCAGAGGCCCGGCUGGGUCUGUGUCCAGCCCUCGGCAGAGGCAGCCGGGCACCUGGAGAGACCCCCCAGCAUGACAGGACAUGCUGGGGACACUGUUGUCCCAAAGAGAGAGGACGGGCUGGGUGGUGCACGGACGGGCAGGAACGGGGGUCCCCAGGACGCUCAUUGCUCUCGGCCUCAUACCAGCCUCCACUUGGGGGACCCCAAGACCACGACUGUGUGGACAUGCGCUAUCCCCCGACACAGCUCCUGAGCUUCACAAGGAGCUCCCACUCAAUCCUGAGAGCAGCCCUAGGAGGCACCCAGUAAGGAACCAGGGGAACAAUAUGAGCUUUGCCAGGUACCCCGUUCCUGGCCCAAGCCAGCAGCUUCCCGCACACCCAGAACAUGCUGUGGGGCAGCCACCAAGCUGCUUUCUGCUUCGAGAGGUGAAGUGAUAGCCGAGGGCAGCAGAGGAGGGUGGGGCCCCUUGGGAAGAACCAGCGAACAUUCCUCUCUCUGCGCCCCACCCCAGCUGACCUGAGACCUGCAGGCUGGAAGGAGCCACUUUAUUUAUUUAUUUAUUUUUAAAAUAUUUUACUUAUUUAUUUGACAGAGAGAGAGACACACACAGCGAGAGAGGGAACACAAGCCAGGGGAGUGGGAGAGGGAGAAGCAGGCUUCCUGCUGAGCAGGGAGCCUGAUGCGGGGCUUGCUUGACGUAGGGCUCGAUCCCAAAGGCAGACACUUAAGGACUAAGCCACCCAGGCGCCCCUGGAAGGAGGCACUUUAAACUCCAUGGGAAGACUCAGGGUCAGAGUCAGCGCUCCCCACCCCUCCCGCCUCCCCCCCACCAAAGAAUUCAAUUGUCUGGGGCGGUUGGCACCCCACAGCUGCCCUGGCUUGUUCUCCCCACAGCCUUUCCAACAGGCAGGGCAAGGAGCCAAAUUCCAUCUUCAAGAGGAGAAAGCUCAGGUCCAGAGAGGGCAGUGGGCUUGGCCAGGACCACACAGCGUCAGCGACAGGACUUGGACCCAAGCCUCCUGAGGUUGAGGAGAGAGUGGGCCCAGCCAGUCCGGGGACUGGGCACUGAUGCAGGGGUCCCCCUCCCUGGCCCAGGGCACUGUAAGAGCCAGCCACUGGGCCCACGAGGCUGGGGAGGGUGUGUGGGCAGCUCUUAGGGUAGCCCCAGAGUGGUCCCUGCAAGUCCCUGCCCCUGCGUGCUGCCAGUCUCUGAAGCCAGGGGAGCUGGCUGUGACCGAGGGAGCUGCAUGGGGGUGCAGGGGCCACGGGAGCCCAGAGCAGGGGUCCGACCUUCACAGCUUUGUGAAAACACAUCUAGGUUUAGAUUAUUUUUAGUUACUCUGCUCAGUAUAUGUUGUGAAUCCUCUAUUUGUAGAUUCAUGACUUGCACCAUUUCUGGAAAAUUCUCAGCCAUAAUCUCCUCAUCUGCCACCUGUCCUCUGAGCUUGCCUUCUGGGACUCCUUCUUAUUCUGUGCGGUAUUCCUUAGCCUCCUUCACACGUUGAUCUUCUUGCCUCUCUGAGCUGCUUAAUGAGUGGUGUUUCUUCAUCCCUGUCUCCCAGCUGGUUCUUCAUCCCAUCCCAGCGGUGGAUGAAGCCCCUUUCUGCUGAGAAUUUAAUUUUUAAGAUUGUUUUUAAUAUCUUCAUGUUCCAUUUGGUUUAAUUUUAAAUCACCCUGACCACUGCUGAUGGUCUCUUGUCCCUGAUCACUAUUUAAUUUCAUCUUUUAUAUUUUUAAAUAUUUGGAACUUGGUUGUUUUAUGUUCUGUAUCUGAUGUCCGCUCUCUGUAGUCCUCGGUGGGGGCAGGGAGUUAUGUCUAUAUUUCCAGCAUGUUUUACUUCAGCUGACUCUCAUUCAUAAUGGCUUAUUGCCAUGUGCACGUGUGUGUGUGUUUUGUAAACUCAUAUGUUGUUUAACUUAACCUGGAAACUCAGAGGGCCCAAACCAGGGAUGCCUUUCCCCUAUGAGGCUUUGCACUUGCUUCUGCCAGGAGCCAGGAUCCUGGGUCAUUACUAACCUGGGACUGUUAGGAGUUAGUUGGACAGUUAAGUGGUCAGGGUCAGGGUCAGGGUCCUCAACAAGAAAAGAUGGAAUCAGGACAGCUAAGAUAAAACAGCGCUGACAUCCUGUUCUGCAGCUUAGACAGGACCCACACUGACAUUCUGCUUUGCAGCCUUUGCAGAAAUGACUUCUGCAAAAACAUCCUAAAAUAAAAUAAUUAACCACAAGGCCUUUGUCAAUAUCACAGGCAAGGGGCAGUUAGGACCUAAGUCCCCAGAUGUCGGCCACAAAAGACCAUCAGCGCAUAGACAUGAACCUAAUAGGUAGACAGAUACGUGACCAAAGCCCUGAUUGGCACGACUCAGCACAGCCUGGUUGCUUAAGAUAGCUUUGCAAAAGAGCUCAUAAAAUCCCCUAAACUUAGAAACUCUGGGGGCAACCAUCUUGGGCCCCCCUCCCUCUCCAGGAGUUUUAUACUAUUGCUCAAUGAACUUUGCCUUGCUGCCCACCACUCUUCAUCCAGUCUACCUCUUCAUUCUUCGAAGUGGCGUUGACCAACGACCAUGGGCACUAAAGGCAGAGAAGUCCUGCAACAGGACCCCGGUGCCUUUCGAGGAUCCUAGCUUCCUGUGGGGGGAACGGGUUUCCUUGCCCCUUGCACGCCACGUGGCCCAAGGCUGCUUCUCCAGGGUGUUCUCAGGUCCCCUGCACUCUCACUCUCCACCGCACUCCUGCUAUGUGGCUGGUUCCGGCCUUGGCUCUUCUCCUGAUUUGAGAAUUCCAACUGGCAGGUGCUUCCCACACACUCCUUGCUCUUUCCCACCUCUGGGCUUUUGCUCAGGCUGUUCUUUCUGCCUGGAACAUAUUUUCUUUUUUUUUUUUU